GGGCCGCUUGCUAUAUAGUAUAUACCCAUUUAUAUAACGCUAUUAGGUUUUCUUCGCUUCUUCCCAGCCGAUCACUCGCAGAAGAACUUAGAAGAGGCAGAGUCGCCGUCCAUCGGAGUAGCGAAUAACAGUGAAAAUGGCGGAGACUAAGGCAGUGACACUCCGUACAAGGAAGUUUAUGACAAACAGACUUCUUUCCAGGAAGCAAUUUGUGAUUGAUGUGCUUCAUCCAGGAAGGCCCAAUGUAUCAAAGGCUGAAUUGAAGGAGAAGUUGGCAAGGAUGUACGAGGUUAAAGAUCCAAAUUCCAUCUUUGUAUUCAAAUUCAGAACUCACUUUGGUGGUGGCAAGUCAACUGGUUUUGGAUUGAUUUAUGAUUCUGUUGAGAAUGCAAAGAAGUAUGAACCAAAAUACAGGCUUGUUAGGAAUGGCUUGGAUACUAAGGUGGAGAAGUCAAGAAAACAAUUGAAGGAAAGAAAGAACAGGGCUAAGAAGAUCAGAGGUGUAAAGAAGACAAAGGCUGGAGAUGCUGCCAAGAAGAAGAAGUAAGCAUUGAGAGGUUAUGUGCUGCAAUUUCAAUUGUUGGACUUUUUUUUUUCAUAUCUUUAGACUUUGAUCAUAUUGGUUAUUCCCCGAUGUUGAGAUGAACUGAGUUUUUUUAGAGAUUUAUAUAGCAAGAACAAUAUGUGUAA